GUGUCCCUUUUCCUCCUUUAAAAAAAAAUAUAAUUUUGGACAGCGAACUGCGUGGUAAAAUCACAUGAAUUAUGCCGCGUUUUCAAGGUGCGCACAUGUCCAUGGGCAAAGCCCACUGAUCCCAUCAUAGCAACACCAACCACCUGGCCCCUCCCACACUGUCCUCUCCACCACUUCAGUCACCAUGACGUCCACCAGCCAGCUUCUGGGCCUGGCUGAGGUGGGGCUGAGGUGUGACCAGGAGAUCGAGAGGCGAUAUGAAAUUGUGCCGUCGGUGGUCUGCUCCAUGUGCUGCCUCUUUGGAAUCAUCUACUGCUUCUUUGGCUAUCGAUGCUUCAAGGCUGUACUGUUUCUCACGGGCCUUAUGUUCGGCUCCGUGGUCAUCUUCAUGCUGUGCUACAAGGAGCGGGUGAUGGACACCCAGCUGAGUGUGGAGGCCUCAGUAGGCAUCGGCCUGGGUAUCGGGACGCUGUGCGGCCUGGUGACCAUGUUGGUUCGCAGCGUGGGACUAUUUAUGGUCGGCCUGCUUUUGGGACUGCUGGUGGGAGUGGCUUCACUGGUGGCAAUGGAGGAGUUCUACCAUCCUAAGACAGUGUGGGUUCCUCUGGGUAUCCUUCUUGGUUCUGGCACACUGUUUGCUGUCCUCACGCUGCAAUGGCAGCGGUGCUUUGUCACCUUCUCCACCGCCACCUUUGGCGCUGCCAUCAUCACCGUCACUGUGGAUUACUUUAUAGAGCUUUUCGCCUUGGUGCACUACGUCUAUGAGAGACUGUGGGUGGCACCGAAGAGGCCAGUGUGCUGGUUCACGUGGGUCAUUAUGGGGGUGUGGCCUGUCCUGAGCCUCCUUGGGGUGCUGAUCCAAUGGAAAGUGACCGCAGAGGGAUUUUCUCACGCAGAGGUUGUUUUGAGUCGACAGCAGCGACGGGUCCAGCUCAUGCGAAUCCACCAGCGGGAAGAGAGGCUGAAGAAGGAGAAGGAGAACAAGAAGAAGAAGAAACGACAGAACCAGAAGACCAACCACAAGCAGAAGGCCCAUACUCACCACCACCAUCACCACCACCACCAGCAGCAGUACCAUCACCCGGGAGCGCCACAUCCCCACCACCAAACCCAGAGCUCUCAGCUGUCCAAAGUGCCCCCUCCCCAGACUGAGCCUGGACACCACCGCAAGGCCAACUCCAAGAGGCGCUUUGAUGGAGACGUGCUGUCCCCGAGCUACAUCAGAAGUUUCAGGGACAGACAGACAGACAAGCGGGCUUAUUCUCACAGUCGAAUGAUGAGACGCUCGCGAAUGGCUGAGCUUGACUACGACUGCGGCUCCCAAGUGCCCCUGACAGCCCCGAGUGGGCCUCCAGUUCGCAUCUGACAGUGAAAAUUGCACAAAUAAACACAACAACACAGCUUGGCUGAUUGAAACCCCUGUUUGAGAAAUUACAACUGACUGUGCCAAAUUAACCAGCUGCUUCUUAGCCAAAAGUGACCAACACACUGGUUUCCUCCUCCGAGGGUAAUUAAAGGAUCAUAAUUAUUUGGUUGAAUUUGUUUUGCUGAUAUUUAGUGAUACAGCACAAAAAUUGACCCUUGUGAACAAAUCAAUAACUAUGGCAACUAUAGUUAGCUCCAAACUUACAGUCUGCUCUCCAUCAGAUUAAUAAAAAAAUUAUACCUGUCUCUAUGGGCAUUAAUUAACAUCACUUUGAAUUUAACUUAAAUUUGAGUUGGAGGGGAGGUACAAAA